GUUAAAAUUUUUUAAAAAUACGACAGUUAAAACUGUAGCUAAGGAGAUAAAACCGGAACUUGUAUUAUUUGCUUCCUGUGUUGAACUUCGUGUGGCGGACAGAGGAACGGAAAACAAAAAUAGUCUUCCUCCAGGAUGAAGGCCGGUCUUGUCGGAGCGGUGUUGCUUGUGGCUCUCUGCUCUUUUUGCCAUGGCGACGAGGGGAAGAAGAAACUGCAGAUCGGGAUUAAGAAGAGGGUGGAUAACUGCCCGCUCAAAUCGCGCAAGGGAGACGUCCUGCACAUGCACUACACCGGUAAACUGGAAGAUGGCACCGAGUUUGAUAGCAGCCUGCCACGAAACCAGCCGUUCACCUUUACCCUGGGCACAGGGCAGGUCAUCAAAGGCUGGGACCAAGGCCUUCUUGGGAUGUGCGAAGGAGAGAAAAGAAAACUGGUCAUUCCUUCUGAACUGGGGUAUGGAGAUAGGGGAGCCCCACCAAAAAUCCCAGGUGGCGCUACUCUGAUCUUUGAAGUGGAGCUGCUGAAGAUCGAAAACCGAUCAGAACUGUAAAUUUGCAAACCAAAUCCCUCACACUGCCACAAUAAAGAACGGCAUUUCAGCAA